UGAGGUCGACACCUGGUGGGUGAACUUUAACACGGAAGUAUACCUCGAGCUAUUUCUGUUUAUAUAGAACCAGGAGAUGGCAUGUUGUCUUGAUAACAAGGAAAUUGCAACAGAUCCAAGACCAGCACCAAAGACGCAAAUCUGCAGGGCCACACAGAGAUACUCAUAAUCAAGGGGCGUUACAACUAACGACUCGAGGGCUCACGACUAAAGACUCGGCGUCAAGGAAAAAGCGUCGGCCGCCCUGUCUGAGACAGACUCGCUUGAUUCAGCCAUCUCCGCCCACAGCCAUUUCCGCUCACAAUUAGAAACAAAGCAUAAUACACACCCGCCCGCCACAAUGAGCGAGGUCUACUAUGUCCGGUCGUCCAUCUACUCGAAUACUCAGACAUUCCAGGUCUGGCGGACACCGCCGGCACUCUGGAUCCCCAAUAUCCCUGCGCCUUCGUCCUCGAGGACUUCUAGCCUCGACGUCGACGCCGGCGGACCAGGCCACUAUCUGACCGGCGGCGGGUUCAUUCGGCAUGGAGAGGCAGUAUACAUGGUCAUAGCGCCAGACAUGGCCGCGUUCGGGUGGCGGACAUGCAUUGCCCACGAGAUGAAGAAGCACCGCCGUUCCCACAAAGACGGUUCAUCGUCGUCGUCAUCGAGCCGGACAAGCACAAAACGCAGGGACACGGGCAAGACCGCCCAUCGCGCUUCCCAACAACAGUCAUCAAACCAGCACUCUGCGUGCCAGGAGCUGUACGACUACCACGAGACGACCCGCGCCCAACAGCAAGAGACGCUGCGGUACCAGGCCUCGGGCACCCCGGAAAUAAUCGGCGUGCUCGGCCACCUGGUCCAUUUCUCCUCGCAGCACGGCUUCGCGCUAGUCAUGCUCGACCCGGCGGGGAUGUACCUUCUCGAAGAGAUGACUGCGGCCACCACCACCACCACCGUGGUCGGCAGCGAUCACCAUGGCACGGGUGGCCACCAUGAUGAGAGCGACGACGGCACAGCAGCAGUGGCGUUGGUAUCAAUCUUAUCUCAGGCAGUCCCGCUCGGGGACCUGCGCGGGGCCAUCGACGACCCGGAGAUCACGGACUUUGUCGAGUUCAGCACGGCGAGCGGGGAGGAGGACACGGGCCUUGUGGGCGGGGUGCUGGAGUACUGCUUCGCCUCGGCUGUUCCUUCUCGUCACGGCACAGGAUCAUCAAAGAGGGGGGCUAGCAGCAACAGCAGCAGCAGCAGCAGGGGAAUUGGCAGUUCCAGGUCGACAGGGGAUGAUGAGGAGCAGACCAUGACGACGAGACUGCUGGUGGUGACGCCGUCGAGCUAUACCGCCACUUCUGCGGAUUGCGGGCUCUCGGUGCGAAGGUCCGUUGCCUCCGAGCGGCCCUUGUUGCUGGGGCAGGUGGUCGGCCUGGUGGGGGGAGAUGAGAUUGUCAUCAGUCAUGACGACGAGGAUGUCGGCGGCGGCGGCAUGGUGAUGGUGGGGAGUGCGGCUGCUGGAGGAGAAAGGCAGCUUGCCGGCAUGCUGGUCCUGCCACUUGUGGGGUUCGCGGAAGAGAUGGAAAAGGUGAUCAGCAAGGGGCGGUUCAAUCUGCUGUAGAUAGCACCCAAGAUAGGCAUCCCCUCUUUGAUUAAAUGUACGAUUCGACCCUCCG